GCCUUCAUAUAACAUCGACGAUUUUUCUUGUACGUGGAAAAUUGUUUUCCUUUGGCUUUUUCUUAAAUGUUUGCAAAUGUUAAUCUUGAUAUAAUUUAAACGACAGUAAUGUUAUUCUGUAGUAACAGUUUGGUACACAAAGUGGCAACAUGGAAACUCGAUCGCGAGCAAGGAGAAAACGCUUAGACAACAUGGGAGGAGAUGCUCCCACUGAAGUAUCUGAGAAAAACACCCAACUUCCGCAUUCUACCAAUGAAGUACAAAUUGGGAAAUGGAAAUUUAACAGAGUCAUAUUUAGUACCCAUUUCAACAUCUUCCUAUAUGCGACAUGCUUCUGGAUACAAAUAGGCACUUUGCCUUACUUAACAAAGAAGCUUGGGGUGGAUCCAGUAUUCUUUGGAUAUCUUCAGACAACAUUUGCAGUGGUCCAGUUAUGUGGGGGUCCAGUGUAUGGGAGAUUUGGAGACAUGUUUGGGGGGAGAGCAGCCAUGGCCCUGGCCUUUGCCUCAGCAUCAGCUUCCUACUUCCUGCUGGGAAUAGCUGACAAUUUCUUUUCACUUUUUCUAUCCAGACUGCCGUCCAUUUUCAUGCAUGCUAUGCAAGGUGGGCAGAUGAUUGUGACAGAUAUGGGUGAGGAAGGACAGAGAGCAGCAGCUCUGGGCAAGCUGGGCUUGUCAUACGGAGUGGGCAUGGUGAUUGGCCCAUUUCUAGGAGGAUUAGUGACCAAAUACUUCAGUGAACAGACAGCUGCCUUUGUGGCCUGUGCUGGGUCCCUUGUCAGUAUAGGCAUUGUGUGGAUGUUUGUGCCAAAGAGAACAAAGAAGUCACAUAUAAAGGAGAGUUCAGAUUCAGCUGUUUUCAGUUUGAAGAAGCUCUUCUCCUUGAUAAUGGCUCCUGGGGCUCCCUUUUUACUCUUCAUCAGAAUGCUGGCAGGACUGCCAAUUGGAGUUUUCCAAAGCAUGUUUUCGGUUGUUGCCUUGGAAACUUUUAAACUACCUGCAGAGCAGAAUGGCUAUUUAUUAUCUUAUGUUGGAAUUUUAACUAUGAUUGUACAAGGUCUUGGCAUUGGAAUAUUAACAAAGAAGUUCUCAGAAAAUGACAUACUCAAAUGGUCAUCAUUUCUUCUAGUUUGGUCCUAUUUAGCACUUGCUUUUGUAACAGAUGUUUUCCAGUUGUGUGUAGUCAUGGCUCCUUUAGUUGUGGGACUGGCUUCCUCUAAUAUUGUAGUCAGCAGCGCCCUCACAAAAACGGUGUCUGACCAGGAUACAGGAGCGAUGCUGGGAUUGAACAUGGCUGUUAACUCUUUAAUAAGGACAAUCUCUCCUACUGUUGGGGGAUAUCUACUGAAGCAGUAUGGCUUUCAAUCUUUUGGAUACCUCGGGUUUAUAAUGCUCACCAUAGCUACAAUUAUUCUGUUUAUAAAACUCAGACAGUAGGAUAUAUCAGGGUUAUUUUUUAUGCAUUCCUUUAGUUUACUGAUGUUUAUAUAUGAUUUUGUUAUGUCUGUGAUUUUGUUUUAGUUCCCAAAUGGCAGUACACUAUUUUAUCUUGUUAUGUUGGCCAUCUACAUGUAUGUUUAGUUUUAAAUAGGGAUAUGUAUGUAUGAUGGAUUAUAGUUGAGAAUGAUCAUAUAUAUUAUAUGAUUAUGAUCAGUGUUAGGGUUUACUUCAGUUUCUCAUCAUGCUUCAGAAUAUAACAAUAAAAGUUGACUGAUCUAAGAGGAUAUUUGAUUUGUAUUGUUCUCCUCUAGUGUAUUGUGUGAAUUGAAUGGAAAAUUUGAUUCUUCACUUUAUAUGAACUUUUGAUAUUUUAUAUGCUUUGUAUGGUUAAUAUGGAAGGAGUGUGAUUUCAAUCAUACAACAUACUUUUGUGUGUAAGGGGAGGGAGUUGUGAGACAUUUUCUAUUAUCACUAGUUCUAUCAAUUUGUAUUUCAUUUUAAGGAAGAAAUGUGCAUUUCAAACACAUCAACUGCAUAAAAAUUUGUUUUCUAGUGAACAAAUUAGCACUUUUUAAAUGAGCACCAUUUUUGCUCAGAGGUAAAACUACUUGUUAACUGGAGUUAACACAUUUUUCAAAUUGUCUCUUUUAGUUGAAUAAGAGAAUUACAACAUGGAAAUUA